AUGAAGUUAUCUACGCCGAGAUAUACAUUUUGUAUAUUUUUUCAGGUCACGUUUAUUACUUGUGACCUAAUAUUCAACUGUAUUAGUUUAUUUCCACGAAGUCGCGAUGGUCUCUUAGUAUUAUUCAUAUUUCAAGAUUUAUUUCUGGUGCUUUCUGUUACUACGAUGUUGAUGACAUUCUUCUCAACAUAUUUAUUUCAGGCAGGUCUGGUAGAGGUGCUGGUGCGGAAGUUUCGUACGGCAGGCGCUGUAUGCGUAGCGUAUAUUCUUGCUAGUGUGGCCCUGCACGCUGUUUGGCUUUUAGAAAAGUGGGACAGUCCUGAGAGUAUCUCUACUCCCAUGCUCAUAUUCCUGUUUACAGUGCAGAGAUGCUUGUCUCCUUGGUACUAUUUCUUCUAUAAGAGAGCAGCUCUACGGGUCAGCGACCCUCGAUUCUAUGAGGAUAUUGAUUGGAUCAACCAGCAGCUACAAACUCACUAG